AUGACCCUAUUCACUCAAUGCAAGGACAAAAGCAUAAAUACCAGCCAUAUUCCCCCACAACCUUCCUCCACCAUCGGUCCCUCACUGCCCCGAUCUGAUCCAGAACUUCCCAGCAGACCAAUACUCGAAGCAGCGCAAGCUACCACAAUCAAAUCACAAUGCUCCUCAAGCCCCUUCCCAUUCUCGCCCUCUUCCUCACCCUCACUCACGCCGCGGCACUCGCGGACCCCUUCGCCGAAGCCGACAGCGAUCUCGAAAAGCGCGCUUGCGUUUCUGACGGCUGCAAGUGCGACUCCUCGUACAGCGCCGGACUCUACUGCGGGUACUGCGCCGCCGUGAAAUCCUGCACUUCGAGCUCCUGCUUCAAGAACGUGUACCAGUGCGGCAGUGGUGGGAAAUGCUGCAACUACGGGGUUAGAACUAGCUGCAAGAACUUUGAUGGUCCUUGCGGUUAAAAGAUGUCUCUUUUUUUUAUACCGUCUCGGAGAGUCGGCUGAGAUCGGUGGAAUGAAGGUGGGGGAUUGCUGUCGAAUAUGAGCUCUUGUUCUUUUCUGGGGGUAGGGGGGUGGAGAGGGAGUGAGAGGUUUCGGCGAUAUUUUAUUUCUUUCUUCCGACCUUUCUCUUGAUGAUGUCUACUGUUCUGGAGGAUUGAUUUAUGCCGAACUCGGUCUUUCUUGAGCUGUGUACCCGUGCUCUGAGUUGGUUUUAGUCAUGCUGUCUCACUCGAGAAUGUUAUUUGCCCUUGGACGUUAUGAACGGAAUAUGAGUCUGAGUCUAAACUGA